UUUGUGGCAAUCUGCAACCCACUGCUUUACUCCACCAAAAUGUCCACACAAGUCUGUCUCCAGUUAUUUGUAGUGGCUUAUACAGGGGGUUUCCUCAAUGGUGCUUCAUUUACCCUUUCUGUCUUUUCUUUGCUCUUCUGUGGACCAAAUCGAGUCAACCAUUUUUUCUGUGAUUUUGCUCCAUUAGUUGAGCUCUCCUGUUCUGAUGUUGGUGUCUCUGCAAUUGUUUCCACAUUUUCUGCUGGCUCCAUCAUCGUGUUCACAGUGUUUGUUAUUGUCCUCUCUUACAUCUACAUCCUCACCACAGUCCUGAAGAUGCGCUCCUCUGAAGGGCGCCACAAGGCCUUCUCCACCUGCACCUCCCACCUCACUGCAGUCACUCUGUUCUAUGGGACCAUUACCUUCAUUUAUGUGAUGCCCAGGUCCAACUAUUCCACUGACCAGAACAAGGUGGUGUCUGUGUUCUACACAGUGGUGAUCCCCAUGCUGAAUCCCCUCAUCUACAGUCUCAGGAACCAGGAAAUUAAGGGAGCUCUGAAGAGAGCACUUGGUAGGAAAAUAUUUUCUUAA